CCGAUUUAAGUCUUUCAACGGGAAUAGUCAUGCAAAUAUAUUGGAUUCUGGUGCUUUUCUUCCUCCACAUAGAAGCAGACGUUACUCUAUCGACGGAAAAUAGCUUCGAGAGGAGUGCUCACUGCGAUGUGACCCGCGAUGAGGACGAUGAGCGGUGUGGCGCCAUUUGCUAUCCGAUUGUGAAGCCGCUACUCCGGUACGCGGCCCUAUGCCAGGGGAAGGAUGCAACGAUUAACGACCUCAAGGAUGAAAUCCGAAAGAAAGAUGUUUACAACGCCCAAUUGGAAAGCAAGCUUGAGCUUGCCAAGUCAAUGGAAACUCAGGCAAAUAAACAGAUGGAGGAUCUCAAGGAACAGGCGGAUGCCAGGCAGAAGAGCUCGGAUCAACAGCUGAAGGUCAAGGAUACUGAAUUGCUUCUGAAGGCAAACGAAAUGGUGAAAAUGGCGAGAGAAAUAAAGGACCAGGUCUCAAAAAUGGAAAUGCAGAUUCAAGCUAGAGAGGCUCAAGUGCAAUCAAAUGAUAAGUCAACCAGAGAACUGGUAGAUAAAGAGAAUUUUCUUAAACGAACAUGGACUGGCAGCUGUCUCCCAUUCACCAAUUCCACUGACAUCUAUACCAUAAAGUUGCCCGGAAUGGGCUCAGUCGAUGUACCCUGCAAUUCCAGUGUGUCCGGAUCUGGCUGGACUGUAAUCCAGAGACGAGUCCGCGGGAAUGUGAACUUUAAUCGCACUUGGACCGAUUACAAGCAAGGGUUCGGGCACCUCCGGAAGAACUUAUUCCUGGGACUGGAAAAAAUCCAUCUAAUGACCCUGCUCCAGCCUCACGAGCUGUACGUCCAAAUCCAACAUGUUAAUGGAAGCACCAGCUAUGCUCGUUACGAUGAUUUUAAAAUAGGAAGCGAAGCGGAAGGCUACAAACUGAAAUCUUUGGGAAAAUAUUCAGGAACAGCCGAAGAUUCACUAGCUUAUCACGUGGAUAUGAAAUUCUCCACUUUCGACAGGGAUAAUCACAAUUGCGCGCAAUAUUUUGGAGGUGGUUGGUGGUUUGAUAAUUGCGCAGAAAGUAAUCUCAAUGGAAACUAUUAUCCAAAUGGUACGAGUAGCAAGCGUGACGGCAUCUUUUGGGGUGCUAGGCAAAAACAUAACUACACGAUCUCGCUUACAUUUUCGCAAAUGAUGAUAAGACCAAAGGUCAUGUAAAAUUGUGUAUUCUUUAAAGAUAAUUUAGUGGUGUAGUCAAAUGCUGAAAGACGAUUCAAACUAGCCAAAUUCACAGAUGCAAAUAUAUCGCAAAAGCACAAAAGUAUCUCA